GAAUAAAAUUACAAACCAAGUUUAAUUAAAACGACAGAGUGAUUUCACCGACCAGUGCCCGUGAAUUUAGAGAUGGACCAGAUCCAGCACAGCUUCGUCAACGUACGAGGACUCAACAUCCAUGUAGCAGAAAUCGGGUCAGGUACUCAGGUGGUGGUGUUCUUGCACGGAUUUCCCGAGAUAUGGUACUCCUGGCGGCACCAGAUGAUCUCUUUGGCGAAAGCCGGGUUCCGGGCAAUUGCGCCCGAUUACAGGGGUUACGGGUUGUCGGAUCGGCCCGAGGAACCGGAGAAGACAACGUUUGGCGACCUCGUCAGUGACCUUCUGGCCAUCCUCGAUCACUUCGGGUUUAAUAAGGUGUUUUUGGCUGCAAAAGACUUUGGAGUGAGGCCUGCUUCAAUCUUUGCUCUUGUUCACCCUGAGAGGGUGUCUGGUAUUGUGACAAUAGGAGUCCCAAUGGUGUCUCCAAGUGUCCCUGACUACAAGAAAAUCCUCCCUCAAGGCUCCUACAUACUAAGAUGGCAGGAAGCUGGAAGAGCAGAAGCUGAUUUUGGACGGUUUGAUACUAAAACAGUAAUUAGGAAAAUCUACAUUCUCUUCUCAAGGAGCGAAAUACCAACAGCUGGUCCAAAUGAAGAGAUCAUGGACUUGGUUGAUGAAUCUACUCCUCUCCCUCCUUGGUUCACAGACCAAGAUCUUACAACAUAUGCUGAUUUGUAUACCAAAUCUGGUUUUCAAACUGCAUUACAAGUCCCCUACAGGGCAUUGAGUGAAGAUUUCGGCAUAAAAGAGAUGAUAGUUAAAGUUCCAGCCCUCUUGAUCCAGGGUGGCAAAGACUAUUCUGUCCAGUUUCCAGGGAGGGAGGAGUACAUAAAAAGUGGGAAAGUGAAGGAGUUCAUGUCUGAUUUGGAGAUCAUUAAUCUUCCUCUGGGAACUCAUUUUGUUCAGGAGCAAUUACCUGAUGAAGUUAAUCAAGCCAUUCACAAUUUUCUCCACAAACACAUUCCAUGAUGAUAGCUGGAAAUCUAAAAGUUCAAAAAAAGAAGCCUCUUUUGAACUUUGUGGUAAUUAGUUUGAUUUUUCAAGUUACCAUAGUUGAUCUUUUGUUGAAUCAUAUGUAUCUACAAGACCCAGAAAUCUUAAAGAUUAGAUCUUUGAUGGGUGCUCCAUAAUUAAGUACAUAUCUAUCUAUAUUGUUGUAGUUUUGAUUUUAUUUCAGAUGGGAAUUUAUGUUAGUUGAUGAAACUUAAAAGGGUGGAGAUGACAUGAUAUGGUGGAAUUUUCUGAA